AUGGUCUUGCAGGUAAGCCUUCCGGCCCACUCUCUUGUUCCUAAGUGCACAUCGUGUGGAAUCACGUUGCAGAAAACCGAACCACAGGCUGCCGGAUAUUUCAUAGAACCAAAAGCGUCUGUGCCCGAUGCGCAAAAGGCUGCAAAAGCGAACCCCACGCGACUGACAGAUAAGAUUUUCGACGACCACUUUCGCGACUUAAGCGAUGAGGACAAGUCACUAUUACUCAAUGGGGCAGAGAUGGACUUGCUCUCGCCGCGUAACCGAAAACCCAUUUCUCCCUCGCAGCAAGAACGAAGUGGACAUCAGUGUCUCCGUUGCCGCAACGCACAUCACCGUUCUGCGUUUGACGCAGCUGAGUAUCAGACAGAAUCGGUGGCUCAAGUAAUGCAACGUGUGCCUGAAGACGGCCAUUUGGUAUAUGUGGUGAGCCUGGUUGAUUUCCCCUUAUCGCUCAAUGAGGAUGUGUUUCGAUUCCGCUCUGCCAAAUCAAUACAGUAUGUCAUCACAAAGUCGGAUUUGCUUUUCCCUACAAACAACCUCGCUUCUCGAUAUGGCACUCAAUUUUUUCAGGAUUACAUGCAUAGGACAUACGGUGUUCCUCAAAACCAUGUCCAUGUUGUCUCAGGAAAGUCUGACUGGAACACAGACACGUUUUUGGCUUCUAUUCGUAACAACUCCUUCUUCAUCGGAAGCGUCAACUCAGGUAAGUCGACGCUUCUCCAGCUGGUGAUGCAGGUAGUUCGAAAACAACGGGAGAGUUUGCCGAAUGCACGAAAAGAACGGGAUAGACAAAAGAAACAGGACGACAUUAUUUCGAAUGCUCGCUCGUAUGCUGCGGCCAGGCUACGUCUUCGCAUGUGGGAGAAACAGAAAACGGAUAUCGGUCCCGGCUCUUCUUUUAUGCCUGGUUUCACGCGUGACAUAAUUCCGCUUGAACUCUCAAAAUCCACCACCGUCUUUGAUGUACCUGGUUUUAGCAGUAAGCACGCAGCACACUUGUACGACUUUCUUUCUGCCAAAAGCAUCAAGCAGUUGCAGAAAGGCGCCUUGUUUCACAAACACGGCACUUAUCUCUCGAAGUAUGUGACUGCAAAAGAAGGCCAAGUGGUCACAGUAGGCGGGCUUUUCUUUCUACAGGUCCCUCGAGGCUGUAUGUACCAAGUCCGCAAUGUGAUAAACCACAAGGUGCACGUAUUCAGCAAUAUGGAAAAGGCCAUGCAGGUAUGGAAGGAUGCAAAGGACCCCAAUGCUGUUCGUGACGUGUUUUUGGUGGACCACCUCAAAACAGAUGUGGAGAAACACGUGGUUCCUCCUUUUGACGGGUCAUGCGAUAUCGUGCUCCGGGGCCUUGGCUUCGUGAACAUCAAGGCCACGGGGGCAAGACCAGAUCCAGCGACCGCAGAAGACGUGAUAAUUUAUCUCCCCAAAGGAAUUUCUGCUGUUUCUCGAGUCCCCAUUAGCAAGUAUAUCACAAAAACUCUUUCAGGCAGAGACAAGGGGGGAAAUGUAUUGAGAAAAGAGAAAUGGGUCCAAAUGAGCACCAAGGAACUCAAGAGGUAUACUGGAAAAGAGCCAUUCUUUUGGCCAAUAAUUCCCCUGCAAUAAGUAAAACAAAGGUUUCACUUGUACAUAGUAAGUCGAAUAAUUCUUCUUGAGGGUUGGAUCCAGACUAUUCAACGCAAGAGGUGCAAACAUAGGC